AUGACUGUCUCUGCAUUGUCUAUGUUGCUUGUUUCUCCUGAUCUCUAUCAACGUUCCGCAUUGCCAUUCCCAGCAGUUCAGCCAUUCGUCUCCGCCAACAUUAUGACCACACCGUCCUCCGGUGCGGCGAGUAGCAAUAGCUGUUGCAGCAGUACCUCCCUCGGUGUAACGGCAGGACCGGCUUUUGACACGGCAGCGCUCGCUUUUUUCGGUGGUCUUCGGAUACCAGCAAGUCUACUAGCGGGAUCUUCGUUGGCUUCGCUCUUUGCGAUGGUUCAACAAGCUAAGGCGACCAAGACUUUGUCUCGCACCGAACGUGUAGCUUUGUGGGUGUACCACUCUUCGGCACUCGGUACUUUAUGCUUGAGUUUACUUACUGUCAUUACCACUACCGUUGGAUCUACGCUGUUACUAUUGGGACGCUUUGAUGUAUCCCAAUACGGCGAUGUAUAUCACUUUCUGCGGGGCAACUUUCUAAUGGAAUUUGUUGUUUCCCGUUGGUCGUUUUUGUGCAGCGUUCAGCUGUUUUUAUUAGCCAUCAUGAAUCGAGUAUUGCUAGAAUUUGAUCUUUUGAAGCCGGGUCGGCGCACUAUUGGUUUGCUGGUAGCAGCCGCUAUGAUGGGCUUGAUUGCGCACUGUUUGUCCUACAUAAACACAACCUUGAAUUGUUGGCCAAAUCUGUUGUACAUGACCAAGCAAGUAGUGGAGGUAAGCACAGAGUCGUAA